UUUUCUAGUAGCCGCAUAAAUAAGUGUUGUUCACUACCUCGCUUUUUUUUCCACUCCUCUACCAUUCUAAACUCUAAUGGCGACAAUCAGGAGCGUCAAGGCCAGGCAGAUCUUCGAUAGCCGCGGCAAUCCUACGGUCGAGGUCGACGUGCAUCUAUCGAAUGGAAUUUGGGCGCGAGCGGCUGUUCCUAGUGGCGCAUCAACUGGAGUUUACGAGGCUCUUGAACUGAGAGAUGGUGGAUCUGAUUACCUUGGAAAGGGUGUUUCAAAGGCUGUUGAAAAUGUGAACUCAGUCAUUGGACCAGCCCUAGUUGGAAAGAACCCAACAGAACAGACAAACAUUGACAAUUACAUGGUUCAACAACUUGAUGGAACUCAGAAUGAAUGGGGCUGGUGCAAGCAAAAGCUUGGAGCGAAUGCCAUUCUGGCUGUGUCGCUUGCUGUGUGCAAGGCUGGUGCUGCCGUCCUCAAUAUCCCUCUAUAUAAGCAUGUUGCUAACCUUGCUGGUAACAAGAAGUUGGUCCUGCCUGUUCCCGCUUUCAAUGUCAUCAAUGGUGGAUCACAUGCUGGAAAUAAACUUGCUAUGCAGGAAUUUAUGAUUCUUCCAGUUGGAGCUUCAUCAUUUAAAGAGGCCAUGAAAAUGGGUGUGGAAGUGUAUCACAAUUUGAAGUCUGUCAUCAAGAAGAAAUAUGGGCAAGAUGCCACCAAUGUUGGUGACGAGGGUGGCUUUGCUCCAAACAUUCAGGAGAACAAGGAAGGUCUGGAAUUGCUGAAGACAGCCAUUGAAAAAGCUGGCUAUACCGGAAAAGUUGUUAUCGGGAUGGAUGUUGCUGCAUCCGAAUUUUAUGGAUCUGAUAAGAAAUAUGAUUUGAACUUCAAAGAAGAGAAAAAUGAUGGAUCACAAAAGAUCAGCGGUGACCAGCUCAAAGAUUUGUACAAGUCAUUUGUGUCCAGCUAUCCAAUCGUAUCGAUUGAAGAUCCAUUCGACCAGGAUGACUGGUGCACUUAUGCAAAGCUUACAGGUGAAGUCGGUGGUCAAGUGCAGAUUGUGGGAGAUGAUCUUCUUGUCACCAAUCCAAAGAGAGUUGAGAAGGCAAUCAAGGAAAAAGCAUGCAACGCCCUCCUACUCAAGGUGAACCAAAUUGGAUCCGUGACAGAGAGCAUUGAAGCAGUAAAAAUGUCGAAGCAAGCUGGCUGGGGUGUGAUGGCCAGUCACCGCAGUGGAGAGACUGAGGACACUUUCAUCGCCGAUCUCUCUGUUGGCUUGGCCACGGGCCAAAUCAAGACUGGAGCUCCAUGCCGAUCAGAACGUCUUGCUAAAUACAACCAGCUGUUGAGAAUUGAAGAGGAACUCGGGUCCGAAGCAGUGUACGCGGGAUCCAAAUUCCGUACGCCAGUGGAGCCUUACUAAACCAGCAUUGCGGAUAAAGGGUGUAGGAUGAAUGAAUAAUUCCCUUCGUAGACAGAGCCAUCUUAGGUAGUUUUAAUGAUGGUCGUGUUGAGUUCAGAGCCAGUGUGUGAGGCUCAUUUUUUUAUUACGGUAUUUUAAAUAUACUAAUUAUUAUAUUGCAUUCUUUUAAUAAAAAAUUUCAAUAAUUUCUCUUUUUA